GCCUGAGGAAAUUUCCUCCUACCAGGCAGCUGCCGCAGGCCCCUACGUUCCCCAUUUUCCUAGUCCCUGCAGGACUUCACUGGAGUAUUAUUUGGAGAAAGUGUCAUGGAAGUUCUGCGCCCACAGCUUAUAAGAAUUGAUGGUCGGAAUUACAGGAAGAAUCCCAUCCAAGAACAGACUUAUCAACAUGAAGAGGAUGAGGACUUCUAUCAGGGCUCUAUGGAGUGUGCUGAUGAGCCCUGUGAUGCCUACGAGGUGGAACAGACCCCACAAGGAUUCCGGUCUACUGUGAUGGCCCCCAGCCUGCUCUACAAGCAUAUAGUUGGAAAGAGAGGAGACACUAAGAAGAAAAUAGAAAUGGAGACCAAAACUUCUAUUAGCAUUCCUAAGCCUGGACAAGAUGGAGAAAUUGUAAUCACUGGCCAGCACCGAAAUGGUGUAAUUUCAGCCCGAACUCGGAUUGACGUUCUUCUGGACACUUUUAGAAGAAAGCAGCCCUUCACUCAUUUCCUUGCUUUUUUCCUCAAUGAAGUUGAGGUUCAGGAAGGAUUCCUGAAGUUCCAGAAGGAAGUACUGGAGAAGUGCUCCAUGGAUCGUGGAGUUGAUAGCAGCAUUUUCCAGAAUCCCAAAAAGCUUCACCUAACUAUUGGAAUGUUGGUACUUUUGAGUGAGCAAGAAAUCCAACAGACAUGUGAGAUGCUACAGCAGUGUAAAGAAGAAUUCAUUAAUGAUAUUUCUGAGGGCAAACCACUGGAAGUAGAGAUGGCAGGGAUAGAAUAUAUGAAUGAUGAUCCUGGCAUGGUGGAUGUUCUUUAUGCCAAAGUUCAUAUGAAAGACGGCUCCAACAGGCUGCAGGAGUUAGUUGAUCGAGUGCUGGAACAUUUUCAAGCAUCUGGACUAAUAGUGAAAGAGUGGAAUAGUGUGAAACUGCAUGCCACGGUCAUGAAUACACUGUUCAGGAAAGACCCCAAUGCUGAAGGCAGGUACAAUCUGUAUACAGCGGAUGGCAAAUAUAUCUUCAAGGAAAGAGAAUCAUUUGAUGGCCGAAACAUUUUAAAGUUGUUUGAGAACUUCUACUUUGGUUCCCUAAAGCUUAAUUCAAUUCACAUCUCUCAGAGGUUCACAGUAGACAGCUUUGGAAACUAUGCCUCCUGUGGACAAAUUGACUUCUCUUGAGGUGGAGAUCUUGGAAAGCAUUAGAAAUUGAACAUCCUCACAAGGGCAGCUGCAACAGAAACGAUGAUGUCAGCGGGCCUGUGCAAAGUUCCCUGGAAGACUGAGCCACAGAAGGCACUUGCCCCUGCCUGGGGCCGGCCAGCAGCGGGAGGUGGUGCCCCUGGUGUCUGUCGCUCCAGGUGCUCCGCUGGGGAGCCGCAGCCCCCCCCCCCUCGCAUUCUUCUCCCUCCACGUCGUCCUCUCUCGUCUCUCUUUCCUCAUUCCUUACUCUUAUCUGGAUUCUUACUUCCUAUGCUUUUAAGUCUGCUUCUGAACCCUGUGUGUUAAGGUUGCUACCUUGUGAAGACUGUGUCCAGCUCUCAGAUUUCAGUGGAACUGCACAGAUCAUGUGUGAAUAAAUGAA